GCUUUCUUUGUCUCUCUGCAACCUUUCAAGUCUUCUUUCCCUUUUCCAACCUUUUCAUUUCUUCAUUCCAGAUCUGACUUUAUCCUAUUUCUCAUUGAAUUAUCUAUAUUAACAGGAUUUUGGCGGUAGCAGUUGGGGAAUUCGAUGGAUUCAUCUUCAAGCCAACCGGAAUUUGAUUAUUUGUUCAAGUUGCUGUUGAUUGGAGACUCUGGAGUUGGAAAGAGUAGUCUUCUUUUGAGUUUCACGUCCGAUACUUUCGAAGAUCUUUCACCGACAAUCGGUGUGGAUUUCAAGGUAAAGUUAGUUACUCUUAGGGGUAAAAAGUUGAAGCUUGCUAUCUGGGAUACAGCUGGGCAGGAGAGGUUCAGAACAUUAACAGGCUCAUACUAUAGAGGAGCGCAAGGAAUCAUUAUGGUUUAUGAUGUCACACGGCGAGAAACAUUCACAAACCUUUCUGAUGUAUGGGGCAAAGAAAUUGACCUCUACUCAACAAACCAAGAUUGCAUCAAGAUGCUGGUGGGAAACAAAGUGGAUAAGGAAAGUGAAAGGGUUGUCACCAAGAAAGAGGGUGUUAACUUUGCUAGGGAGUAUGGAUGCCUGUUUCUUGAAUGUAGUGCUAAAACCCGAGUUAAUGUAGAGCAAUGUUUUGAGGAGCUUGUCUUAAAGAUAUUGGACACACCCAGUCUCUUGGCUGAAAGCUCAGCAGGUGUGAAAAAGAACAUCUUUAAACAGAAGCCUCCUUCGCAAGCUGAUGCAUCAACUAGUGGCUGUUGCUAAGUUGAUUGUCAUGUCAGGUUUCUCUGAUUGUCAUAUUUAAUACAUACUUGACGGAAAACUGUCAAUUCAGCCUCAAAUAGUGAAAGUUGGUGUUCCUCUUCAC